AUGCUGGACCCUUCAUCCAGCGAAGAGGAAUCGGAUGAGAUCGUGGAGGAGGAGAGCGGCAAGGAGGUGCUCGGCUCGGCCGCGUCCGGCGCGCGCCUGUCUCCCAGCCGCGCCAGCGAGGGCUCGGGCGGCGGCGCCGGGCUAGGGGGCGGCGGCGGGGCCGGCGCCGGGGCCGGGAUGGGCGCCGGCGGCGGCGGGGGCAGCGGCGCGAGCAGCGGCGGCGGGGCCGGGGGGCUGCAGCCUAGCAGCCGCGCCGGUGGCGGCCGACCCUCCAGCCCUAGCCCGUCGGUGGUGAGCGAGAAGGAGAAGGAAGAGUUGGAGCGGCUGCAGAAGGAAGAGGAGGAGAGGAAGAAGAGGCUGCAGCUCUAUGUGUUCGUGAUGCGCUGCAUCGCCUACCCCUUCAACGCCAAGCAACCCACCGACAUGGCCCGCCGGCAGCAGAAGAUCAGCAAACAACAGCUGCAGACAGUCAAGGACCGGUUUCAGGCUUUCCUCAAUGGGGAAACCCAAAUCGUGGCUGACGAAGCCUUUAUGAAUGCUGUCCAGAGUUACUACGAGGUGUUCCUGAAGAGCGACCGCGUGGCACGCAUGGUGCAGAGCGGCGGCUGCUCCGCCAACGACUCGCGAGAAGUCUUCAAGAAGCACAUCGAGAAGCGCGUGCGCAGCCUGCCGGAGAUCGACGGCCUCAGCAAGGAGACCGUGCUGAGCUCCUGGAUGGCCAAGUUUGAUGCCAUUUACCGCGGGGAGGAGGACCCCAGGAAGCAGCAGGCCCGGAUGACGGCCAGCGCCGCUUCCGAGCUGAUUCUGAGCAAAGAGCAACUCUACGAGAUGUUCCAGAACAUUCUUGGGAUCAAGAAGUUCGAGCAUCAGCUCCUGUACAAUGCUUGCCAGCUGGACAAUCCGGAUGAGCAAGCAGCCCAGAUCAGACGAGAGCUGGACGGCCGUCUCCAAAUGGCAGACCAAAUAGCCAGGGAACGCAAAUUUCCCAAGUUUGUAUCCAAAGAAAUGGAAAACAUGUACAUUGAGGAGCUGAAGUCAUCCGUCAACCUGCUCAUGGCUAAUUUGGAGAGCAUGCCAGUGUCCAAAGGCGGCGAGUUCAAGCUUCAGAAACUCAAACGCAGCCACAAUGCUUCCAUCAUUGACAUGGGUGAGGAGAGUGAGAACCAGCUGUCCAAAUCAGACGUCGUGCUGUCUUUCUCCUUGGAGGUGGUGAUCAUGGAAGUCCAAGGCCUCAAAUCCUUGGCUCCAAAUCGCAUUGUGUAUUGCACGAUGGAGGUGGAAGGAGGAGAGAAACUGCAGACCGACCAGGCCGAGGCUUCAAAACCAACCUGGGGCACCCAGGGUGACUUCUCUACAACCCAUGCACUGCCCGCUGUGAAGGUGAAGCUGUUCACGGAGAGCACGGGAGUCCUGGCCUUGGAGGACAAGGAGCUGGGACGGGUUAUUCUCCAUCCCACCCCGAACAGCCCCAAACAGUCAGAGUGGCACAAAAUGACAGUCUCCAAAAACUGCCCCGAUCAAGACCUCAAAAUCAAACUCGCUGUCCGAAUGGACAAACCUCAGAAUAUGAAGCAUUCUGGGUAUUUAUGGGCCAUCGGUAAGAAUGUCUGGAAGAGAUGGAAGAAAAGAUUCUUUGUCUUAGUGCAGGUGAGUCAGUACACAUUUGCCAUGUGCAGUUACCGGGAGAAAAAAGCCGAGCCUCAGGAACUUCUCCAACUGGAUGGCUACACCGUGGAUUACACGGACCCCCAACCAGGUUUGGAGGGUGGCCGAGCCUUCUUCAAUGCAGUCAAAGAAGGAGACACCGUGAUAUUUGCAAGUGAUGAUGAGCAAGAUCGCAUUCUCUGGGUCCAAGCCAUGUAUCGGGCCACUGGGCAGUCACACAAGCCUGUGCCCCCAACCCAAGUCCAGAAACUAAACGCCAAGGGAGGGAAUGUGCCUCAGCUGGACGCCCCCAUCUCCCAAUUUUCUGGACUGAAGGACGCAGAUAGAGCUCAAAAACAUGGCAUGGAUGAAUUUAUCUCUUCCAACCCCUGUAACUUUGACCACGCUUCCCUCUUUGAGAUGGUGCAACGCCUAACUUUGGAUCACAGACUUAAUGAUUCCUAUUCUUGCCUGGGCUGGUUCAGUCCUGGCCAGGUGUUUGUACUAGACGAGUACUGCGCCCGGAAUGGAGUCCGAGGAUGUCACCGACAUCUGUGCUACCUCAGAGACUUGCUUGAACGGGCAGAAAACGGCGCCAUGAUUGACCCAACCCUGCUUCACUAUAGCUUCGCCUUCUGUGCAUCCCAUGUCCAUGGGAACAGUCAACAAAUGCAUGCGUACCUUGGUGGGCUGCCACCAAACACAGACCCUGAAGGGAGCAAAACUCCCUCCCCAUCUGAACCAGAGGCUAAAAAAGAUACCAAAAAGGAAUCCAAAAAAAGAAAAAAUCCCAAAACCCAGGCAAAUCCAGAGCCUAAAAGGCCUGAUGGAAUUGGAACUGUGACUGUUGAAGAAAAGGAACGUUUUGAAGAAAUCAAGGAGAGGCUCCGAGUUCUACUGGAAAAUCAGAUUACACAUUUUAGGUAUUGCUUUCCAUUUGGUCGACCUGAAGGUGCUUUGAAAGCUACCCUCUCACUCUUGGAAAGGGUCUUGAUGAAAGACAUUGUAACCCCAGUGCCACAGGAGGAGGUAAAAGCAGUCAUCCGUAAAUGUCUAGAGCAAGCUGCUUUAGUCAACUAUUCUCGACUGUCAGAGUAUGCCAAAAUCGAAGGGAAAAAGAGAGAAAUGUAUGAGCAUCCUGUCUUCUGCUUGGCCUCCCAAGUGAUGGAUUUAACCAUUCAGAAUCAAAAGGACGCAGAAAAUGUAGGCCGGUUAAUCACUCCUGCCAAAAAGCUGGAAGAUACAAUACGUCUUGCUGAACUAGUCAUUGAAGUUCUUCAGCAGAAUGAAGAACACCACGCAGAGGGGAAAGAGCCACAUGUUGAUAAAGGAGAAGCCUUCGCGUGGUGGUCAGACUUGAUGGUGGAACAUGCCGAGACGUUCCUGUCACUCUUUGCAGUGGACAUGGAUGCAGCAUUGGAAGUGCAGCCCCCAGACACGUGGGACAGUUUCCCACUGUUUCAGUUGCUGAAUGAUUUUCUCCGGACUGAUUAUAAUUUGUGCAAUGGAAAAUUUCACAGACACCUGCAAGACCUGUUUGCCCCACUUGUGGUUAGAUAUGUGGAUUUGAUGGAGUCCUCAAUUGCACAAUCCAUUCACAGGGGCUUUGAGCGGGAGUCAUGGGAACCAGUCAAGAGUUUAACCAGUAAUCUACCCAAUGUGAACCUACCCAAUGUGAACCUUCCCAAAGUACCAAAUCUACCAGUUAACAUCCCUCUAGGCAUCCCACAAAUGCCUACUUUUUCGGCACCGUCAUGGAUGGCUGCUAUAUAUGAUGCUGAUAAUGGAUCAGGCACUUCAGAAGAUCUAUUCUGGAAACUCGAUGCCCUGCAGACCUUCAUUCGGGACUUGCACUGGCCCGAAGAAGAGUUUGGAAAGCACCUGGAACAACGGCUGAAGCUGAUGGCAAGUGACAUGAUUGAAUCUUGUGUCAAAAGAACCAGGAUUGCAUUUGAAGUUAAGCUGCAAAAAACCAGUCGAUCAACAGAUUUCCGAGUCCCACAGUCAAUAUGCACCAUGUUUAAUGUUAUGGUUGAUGCCAAAGCUCAAUCAACAAAACUUUGCAGCAUGGAAAUGGGCCAAGAGCAUCAAUACCAUUCAAAAAUAGACGAACUAAUUGAAGAAACUGUUAAAGAAAUGAUAACACUCUUGGUUGCAAAGUUCGUUACAAUCCUGGAAGGAGUGCUUGCAAAAUUGUCCAGAUAUGAUGAGGGGACUUUGUUUUCUUCUUUUCUGUCAUUUACCGUGAAGGCAGCUUCCAAAUACGUGGAUGUGCCUAAACCUGGGAUGGACGUGGCUGAUGCGUACGUGACUUUCGUCCGCCACUCUCAGGAUGUCCUUCGUGAUAAGGUCAAUGAGGAGAUGUAUAUAGAAAGGUUAUUUGAUCAAUGGUACAACAGCUCCAUGAACGUGAUCUGUACCUGGCUGACGGACCGGAUGGACUUACAGCUUCACAUUUAUCAGUUGAAAACUCUAAUUAGGAUGGUCAAGAAAACCUAUAGAGAUUUCCGAUUGCAAGGAGUCCUGGACUCGACCUUAAACAGCAAGACCUACGAAACCAUCCGGAACCGUCUCACUGUGGAGGAGGCCACAGCGUCUGUGAGCGAGGGUGGGGGCCUGCAGGGGAUCAGCAUGAAGGACAGCGACGAGGAAGACGAAGAGGAUGAUUAG